AUCCCCUUUUAUGAAUCUCUCAAGCCCAAAAUCACUGACCUUUCCUUGAAAUAUUGUUACCGAGCUUGAUGUCGCCGUGAAUUACUGAUCUUGGAAACAAACUAUCUUACCCUGUCACUCCAAUGGUUUCCAUUCUCUGUUAGUAAAGGGUUCCAUUGGAGUGACAGAGUAGAGAUAAUUUGUUAAUUAACCAGGAUCUUUUUUCUUUUUCCCUCUUCAUCUUUCUUUCAUAUUGAUUUCUUCUAAUUUUCUGUUAAUUUGUAGAUUUAUUACUUUCUAGAUUUGCGUGUUUAGUGAUGGAAAUUCUGAAGUUGCCAAUUAUUUUCUAUGUGGUGGGAAUCUCUUUCUUUUCAGAAACUAGUUUUUCAUUUCUAGUGGAGACUUAAAAAUGUGAAUUGUGAUGUAUCGGCAUAGGAAUUGAUUGUGGAAUUUGAGAAGAGAAUUGAUUUAUUUGUAUUCUAAUCAGACAUCAUCGCAACAUCACCCUGAUUUGUAUGCAUUUUCUGUUUGAUUGUGAUUUAGGAAUGCUAUUAAGUACUUCAUGUCAUAUAUUUUGGUUUCCAGGAGUCUUUAACAUCCAAUUAAGAACUAUCAUCAAUUGUUUAUAUGGCUGGUUUCUGGAAAUAGUGGAGUUAAAGGUUUAAUUGUUAUGACAAAGGAAGAAUCAAGAUAUGCAGGCAAAAAGUAUAUUACCAUUUUACAUGUUAUCAAAGACUUUUUAAACUAUUUAUGUCCAAUAUUGAUCUUGAUCAAAGUCAACAUUCAUGUUUCUGGCAUUACAAGCGCUGAUUCUGCUGCAUAAAAUGUCUCCUUUGCAGGUAUAAUGGAGAAGAAGCUUUUGCAUUUCCAUCAGACUAGGAAAAUUGGAAAAAAAAAAAAAAAUCAAUGAAAAUGGAAGCAGAAAUCAUCUCCAAAGAGAACAUUAAGCCAUCUUCUCCAACACUCGAACGCCUUAAACUCUUCAAGCCUUCCUUUCUGGACCAGCUUAUUCCUUAUGCUUAUCCUGCAUUUAUCAUCUUCUAUCCCAUGAAUAACUCUUCUUUUACCAUUCUUGACAUCCAAAGACCGAUUAGAGCUUCUAAAGAAAACUCUGUCAAACACCUUGACUAACUUCUACCCACUUGUUGCAAAGAUCAAAGACAUCUCUCCAUCGAAUGCAAUGAUGAAGGAGCUUAUUUUGUUGUUGCCUCCAAGAUUUUCUCACCCUGACUGACCUUCUCUUCCUCCACCGUUUCCCCCCCUGUAACUUCAUUCCCAAGAAGUCCAUUGCGGGUACAUGUGUUUGCAAUGUUCAAGUAAACGUCUUUACAUGUGGGGGAAUGGCUAUUGGCAUGUGCAUUUCUCAUAUGGAUUUUUCCUUUUUCUGGUUUUUACAUGUAAAUUUUAUUUUAUAUACUGGUUAUUGAUAUCUAAACUCUACUUAAGCAGGCCAUACUUUAAUUUCUAAACAGCUAGAUUUUAACUUCUAUACAAAAUAGUCCUUAAAUCUACUUGCUCAAACAUAAAGAAUUCAUUUCUUCUGGUAUGACAUGAGCUUUAUGUAGACAGCACGCCGAACAUACAGAUCACUUUCUAUUUACCGGCAGAACAACAUGGCUUGUAUGGUCCUCCUGCUACAAUUGGUGGGGCAUUGCAGUACCUCAACAUCAUGAAGGCUGGAAACAUCUACAACAGCACGCAGGAUUAUUCCCUGAAGGAAAUCUAAAGCAAGCGUGGCUGUGGGUCUGGUUUGCAACCAUUUGGCCUUUAUGGACAUGGAGGAACCAAAAGAUAUUUAUGGAAAACACUGACACUUUUAGCAAUAGUUUUGAGUUAAUCAAGGUUUCGAUCAUUGUUGUGGUUGAAACUUGAAAGCUAGUUUAUGGCCGGAACUAUCAAAGGAUUUAUGGCCUAUAGUUUCACCCUAUGCAUGCAGGAUGGUAAGGAGACUUAAGAUCCAGAGUAUUGUACCUAUAUCUGGAAGGUUUGUUGCUGAAAUGUCUUCAACAAAUUUGAUUUAACACU